ACUAAAGGAUUCCUUUCUUGGUAUCUUGCCUAAAUAAAACCCACAUGGCUGUUGAGCUUGAAGAUGAUCUGUUUUUUGCAGACUUAAGCAGACAGAUCUCUCUUCUAAUCAUGGACGAUGAUGAUGGUGGAGAUGAAGACCAAGUUUCAAGGUGUCCUUCAGUUUCUUUCCAGACAUUCUCCGGGGCAAAUUAUCCAGUAACACAAUCUCCAUAUGUCCAUGAGCAAAUCUGCAGAAGAGAAAGCAAAGGCACUGGAGUUUUCAUCCCAAAGGCAUCAAAACCCAGAAGGAAGAACAGGCAAGGCAGAUACAGUUCAUUCAACAGAAAGACUAGCAGUAGAAGGCAACAUGAUGACACUACAAAAAUGACUUCUCAAGCAUGUUACAGUCACUCUUUUUACCCAGGCAAAGGCUAAGCACAAACAUCUUCAUCAAGUCACUACUAAU